AUGGAAAUUAGCGUAAAAUAUAAUGGAAAGGUCUUUGUGAUAUCGGACCUUCUGAGUGAAUCGACUGUGUUCGACCUGAAGAAGAAGCUAUAUGAACUAACAAUGGUUCCUCCACGAAAUCAAAAGCUGCUAGGCCUAGCUGCUGUUCUAGGUUGGCGAGUUUAAAGCUUGACAAUUCACAAAAGGCAAGACUGUUUCAGACGAUUUGGCCAUCCAGUACCUAAACAUCAAACCAUCAACCAAAAUUAUGCUAAUAGGGUCUACCGAAGAAGCCAUAGUAACGCUCGUUUUCUUUGUGUGCAUUCGUUUCUGUAGAAUACUGUGAAGGCUGCGGACUCGGUUGUGUCGGAAAGUAUUGACGAUUUUGACUUCAAUGAGGAAGAUUUGAAAGCAUUCCAGAGGUACGAAAGUAUCGUCAUAUAAUAUGAAUUAAGGCCCGAAAACUUGGAAAAAGUCCAGAAAAGGUCCGAGACUUAUAGAUUUACCCAAAUUUGCGAAAUGAGGCCCGAUAAGCGUCUUCUUGUCCUGGACAUCGACUAUACUAUUUUUGGUAAUCGCAUUAUAUACUUGACUCUCUCUUUCUCUCGAGUUUGUCUUUUCAUGAGUAACUAGAGUUGUUUACAGGUUUAUACGUACCGGAGCACCAUUGUUUGGAAUAGUUCAGGUUUUUCGCUGAAUGCACAUGAUGCUGGAACCAUUUUUUUCCAUUUGCCUUCAUACAGACCAUCUUACACCCGCGGAGUCAGCCAAACAGCUUAUGCGUCCCUACCUCCACGAGCUGCUUACCAGGGCUUAUGUUAACUACGAUAUCGCCAUUUGGUCAGCAACAAGCAUGACAUGGAUAUUGGCAAAAAUAGGCCAGAUGAAUCUAAUUCCUAAAAGCACCACCGACGCAGUUCGUCAACAGCAGGUUGAGUCAAGGUCGACAACUCAGAGACCCGACCAUGCCUCGAAUAUUCCACUGUACGAAACAGAUUUGCCGUUUAAAAUUUGUUUGCUGGUCGACUCUGGUGCAAUGAUUAGUGUCUAUCUUGAGGAGCAUGGUGUUAAAGAGGUUAGCCUUCUUUGUCCUAUCAACUUUGUGCGCCUCCCAGAUGUGCACACAUUUUCAUAUUGCAUUUUUCUACUGAAGUGUUAAGCUUUCUUUUGGAUUGUUUGCAUUAAUCGCCUUUAUCAUAUGUCAGGUUAAACCGCUUGCCGUGAUUUGGAAUCGGUUCCCACGUUAUGGACCCCAGAACACCAUAAUGUUCGACGACGUCCGCAGGAAUUUUGCAAUGAAUCCGCAGUCUGGAUUGAGGGUAUUUCCCUAUUUAUGAUAGUCUUUUUAUUCCUCGUGUCCACGGCCAAGAUAACACCAGCGGCCGUACUCUUAAUUUCCACCUCUUUUUACAUCUUUAUCUUCACCGUCCGCCAACACGUUUUGGGACGCCAACUUCCUGAUCACCAGCUUACAUAAUUACCGCUCUUUGCCAUGUUCAAUGAGCUUUGCGCAGCAGCCGUAUGUAUUGUCUAUGACAUGCAAGCUCCAGGCACGAUAUAAUUGGUGCUCGUGUUGCCACGCGCUAGUUUCCAAGCUGUGACUGAGUAACAAACUCGGUUAAACAGAAACUAGUUGUACUUAUGAGGUGAAUAAGAAAAUUCGCAUUUUAACCCAUUUCGCACAAGUUCACAGCGGAGCCUUGGGUAGUCCCAUUUGUCUCAAUCAUACUACUAUGUCGGAUCAACGGCAUUGCCGAAGGACACGAAUCUUAGUCCUUUUCCACUUAAUCAAGCGACCAUCUAGUCUGUGCUGACAGAUGAGACGAACUCCAACUAAAAGAGCUGUGACCUUGCGAGUACAGGCUGUUUGGACUAGACACGCCUUUACUGGUGUCGUAUGGUGCUGUGUGCGAACUGCAGGAUGACCAACUCCCACAUUACUGACACGGUCACCGCCUCACGCAAGCGGAACGGCUGAAUUAUCUGCGAUCUAAUGUAGCUGCCUUAAAGGUGCAGCUGGUCUUCGUAUCGUAGGCUUCCAAUCCGCAGAUUUUAUUGAUCUGGUGUGGUAAUUGUAAACCACUUCCACCUUAGCCGAGCACCUCCCCGACGCCAGACGUCACAGCAACUGCGGUAGCACAACACCGUAGUCUUUGCUCACUUCCGUCACUGAACACGUCGGGCGGUGAAGUGGAGGGCCACCUCAGAGUUCAGGGAACUUGUUUUUUAAGCGACACAAACGCGAAUGAGAUUAAAACCAAAACGUCACCGCGAACCUUCGUACAGCCGUCAGACUUGACGUGGCUUAGCAUUCUACAGCUGCCAUGUUAUUCUUUCGACGAUUCGGGACGUAAACGACACUGGGCCAAUGUGUCUGUGGUGCUCCAAGCGAGGUACACGCCGCAUCUAAAAACGAGUUGUCAUCCAUGAGCACCAGUCCUUGAGUCGGACUGAUGAAGUGAACAGCAGACAAUUUGCACCAUCAUCCUCCGCAAUCUGCAAAUCAACUGAAAGAUCAUAGGAUUUUAAGGCGGCGUGUGUACGUUGGCCUAACUUAUUUGACUGGCAGUCACGCGACCUAAGAUCCACGGUCACCGUCUAGGAUGCACAUUGCACAUUAACCAGCCAGUUGUGAUUGCCCGUGCACGAGCCAGGUGACCCACUUCGGGGCGCCACUUGCUACCGCUCCUUUAGUCACCUGCGUACCGUUUUCAAAGAAAUACUUUUGAGGCGGAAGGAAACCAAAAUGGUCGAGGUUCCAUUGAGUGGAUAUAGAUAUCGAUUUGGGUAUUAGGAUUUGUGUACAAAAUAGCCCUGGUCCACCUCGGUGUCCGCUCGUAUUGGAAAUAGGGUUUACAGGACAGGCCAAGUUAAUGCCACAAUAUGUGACAAGAAAUCCAGCAACCUACAUGUUGAUAGUGCGUCAGAGAUCGUGUUUGCGUAGCCUAACUUGUCCGAUAAACGAAGAAGUACACUUUCCCCCACUUGCGCCUACACUUCGUAAAACGAAACGGCUGGCCCGCCUACAGUUUGCUGGUUAGAUAGUGCCUUAGGAAUGCUGGUCUCAACACUUAGACAUGGUGUCCAAAUGUUGCCGGUGUCACAGCCGCACUUGUGUCAUCCACAAAGUAUUCCACCUGUGUUCUGUCUUUGACCGUUAAUCCUCUUCGCCCAUGUGUCUACAUAAUGCAAACGAGCAUAAGGCAUUCCAUCCUUCCUUACGCGCAAAUCGGACUGAAUGUAUUUAACUUUAACGCUCAAGCUUAGUUUCAAGUCCGUCCCCGGAACUAUAAUUUAGUCGACGCUGACUUCAUUAGUAGGGAUUCCGUAGGUUGGGUAUCCCCAACAUGACUUCCAGAAAACUUCUUCAGAGUAGCGAUAUAUGGUUGCGAACAGACAUUCUCAUCUCUGAUUCCCACAAACUCCACCUGUAGCGGAGACGCGUUGAGUAAAUUAUCCUUCCGAAGAUAUGGUCUCAGGAGAGGAAUUCGGAAACCACUUCCUUGGAAAGUAGGAAACACCCGGCUUACCAUAACCCGUCUGACUCUGUUAUUAUGCUGAGGUGACGUAUGCUCUAUGACUGGCAAUGAGGACCUCCCUUGAUCGAUAAUCCUGCGGAUGAAAGCACAGCCUCUCUAGACUAUAGGUGUCUGUAAGACACUGUGCCUCUAAUAUGGAGCGACAUCAAGAACCAGUUUUACGACCCGAGCCGACGGAAAAGUCAGUAACCAGUAGUCGUCACUGAAGACUUCAGUUUAUGGGGCAGCUGAGAAAAUCCUUGGAUACACCCAGCGACGCCGCAGUGACUGGAUCAGUGGAAGAACCCUGCAGUUGUCUGCUCGGGCGGCUAGAGCCAGGUCUCGCAACGAUGACUACUUCCGCCAACUUCGGAAGAUGACGGCAAAAUCGGCCAGGGAUGACCGGAAGCAAUAUUGGGCUGAAAUAGCGACCCCCAUUGAACAGGCCUCGAACGUUGGUGACACUCGAAAGCUCUACCGUCUGAUCCGCCAAGUUAGCGGUAAGCCCUCCACACUGAGUGACUCUGUUCGCUAUGUGAACGGCGGCUUUAUAUUGCUGACAACUCGGCCAAAGUCGAGCGCUGGCGUGAGCAUUGAGCACCAUGUCAACUUCGAUACCCAACCUACCUCGCCCUUGCUCUCGUCCUCAGCGGAGUUUCUUCCCCCCUCUACCUAUACAGUGCAAUGCGAUACCCCCACCUAGGGAGAAUUCGCCGAUGCCAUACGAAAGUUGCGCAACAAUAAGGCACCUGGAGAGGACGGUAUACCCGCUGAAAUCUUCAAGUCUUGUGUCGACACUCUGGCGCCCUGGCUCCAUGAGGUGAUUGAACGAGCGUGGAGAGACGAGGUUGUUCCUGAUAACUGGGGCUUAGGCAUCCUUGUACCUAUCCUCAAGAAGGGAGAUAAGACAAAAUGCGAGAACUACCGCGGCAUAAGUCUCAUCGACGUUGCUGCGAAGAUCCUCGCUAUUGUCCUACUCAGGCGAUUCCAGGCUGCGCGUGACUCAAGGACGAGGCCCAACCAAGCCGGAUUUCGUGCUGGACGUGGAUGCGCAGACCAGAUAUUCACACUGAGGCGCAUUUUGAAUUUCGUCAUAGCUACCAACAACCGACGACCGUCAGCUUCAUUGACUUUGCCGCCGCGUUCGACUCCGUUGACCGUGAGUCCCUGUGGCGGAUAAUGGCGUUAGAUGGUGUACCAGCAAAAAUAAUAGCCAUGACCAAGGCCUAUUAUCGCUCCACUACUGCGAGAGUCCUGGUCCGUAACAAUCUUUCCCAACCGUUCGGUAUUUGGUCUGGCGUCCGACAGGGUUGUAUCCUGUCACCCAUACUGUUCAACUACGCUAUUGACUGGAUCCUCGGGAGGGCCCCACGCGACAGUGACGACGUUGAGUUUGCACCCGGACAUCGACUGACUGAUCUUGACUAUGCCGAUGAUAUCGCCUUACUUGCUUCAAGUUUUGAUGAUCUGCAGUCUAUGGUGUCACGGGUGAACGAGGUCGCUAAAUCGAUCGGUUUGUCCAUAAACGCUGGGAAGACCAGAGUGCUUUCAAGCUGCAUCCCUGACCAGGAGAAGGCUCCCCUCGGGAUUGAUGGCUGUCAACUUGAAGAAGUAGACAGUUUUAAAUACCUUGGGGCGAGGCUGCUGCCUAAUAAACAGAGUAAGGACGACAUUGUCUCCCGAAUCGAUGCUGCCCGCUUGGUUUUUUCAAGCCUUCGGAAAUGACUGUGGAACCGACGUGACCUCUCCAUCGCCACUAAGAUCCGCGUGCACCGUGCAUCUGUCCGGUCUGUCCUUCUCUACGGUUGUGAAUGCUGGGCUUUGCGCGUUGAGGACGAGCGAAAACUGGAGGUAUUUGACCACCACUGCUCGAGGACCGUCCUUCGAGUGAAGUUAACCGACUUCGUCUCAAAUGGGACAGUCCGCGCUCGUUGCGACAACAUAGCAAGGAUAACUCAGUCCAUCCAAGAAAGACGACUGAAGUGGUUCGGGCAUGUUCUUCGUCUUCCACCUCAGGAGCUCAGUGUUACUGCCCUCGAUCCAACACCGUUGCCCCAUUGAAGGCGUCGAAGAGGGGGUCAGUUCAAAACCUGGCUCGACACAGCUCGUCAAGAUAUAGAGGUGGUUCUUGGACCUUCGGUAUUCGGUCUCCGUCGUUGGCGAAAGGAAUGGGUUCAGCCGUCCAUAUCUGCUGCCGCGGAUCGUCACGCGUGGAGAGGUACAGUUCGGGACAUCAUUGAGGCCAGCUAGAUCAGGCAUGAUCGCAGCCGUGUCAUGUACAAGUAAGUAAAAGUACCAUAAAUUACACCGAGUAUUCGAAAAGUGGCCUCGCAUGCAACCGAGUCGUACUCUUACAGUCACGAAUUCACCGUGUGGAACCUUAAAGGUCAGAAUGAACUAAAAUGAAAAACUGAACUGGGUGGCUCACUGGUGACACGAAUGUGAGCACUUGUAAACUCGCCCUGCGGAUGUACCGAGCACAUGAUGUCCGGUGAAUCCUCGGGGCCUGAGUUGUAUGCGCACCUCCGACAGCCACUUUGUUUACAUUUCAUUAAUAGUAAGAACGCCGAUAUUUAUGAUGACUUUCGUUCACGAUACACUGGCGGACGAGUCGGUUAAUGAACCUUAAGUGCCACCUCAAAUAACAGCGUGCAAGUGUUGGGCAUUUAUGCCUCGUAAGCAGCGCCAUGCUUUCGUUAGUAGGGUUUACAGUCCUCCAGGAUCUUGUGCCGGUCUUUCCUAUGAAGCGUCACAACAUUUCAGAUAGACUUAUAUCACGUGUUUCCUCUAAAACAGACUGUCAUCCACGCGGCUAAGCAAGAUUUCUCUAAAAGGAACAUUUUUGUCCUCAAUCACCAGAUUCACUCUUACAGAGAUGCGCACGUGAAUUACGCAACAGACAAAGAGCUCCUCUACUUGGCCGACUAUCUUGACCUUAUUGCACUACUGGAGCCGGACUUUACUAAGCUCAACCACCAUAAGUGGAGUGCUUACGUAGAAAGGAAUAGACGGCACCUCUGCCAGAAAAAGGUGCCACCGGCAUCAGCGUCCGUGACCUUGCCGAUUCGAGCGGGUGAGUUCGACGACCAGGAUGACAAUGGCACAACGGAUAGCAGUGAACACGCUGGAGCACGACCACUUCCUGAGCCUUAG